CUCCUUUAGGACCUGCGAUCUUCCUGCUUCGCCGCCAGCCAUGCAACAGACCGGCUCCCUAUUUCCCACUCCGUUCGGCGAGGGCUCCUCUGCGGGCCGCUACUACACGGCCCCCGCGCGGAUCUCCGGCCGCUCCAAGCGCGAGCCUUGCGACGGGCCACACGCCGCUCCGGCGCUUCUCGGCGAGGGGCAGCCGGGUAUGUGGCCAAGGGUGCGCAAGCAGCGGACGCCGGACGGAGCGAUGGACAUCUGGGAGCUCAGCGAGCGCUGCGCCGCCACCGCUCCGCCGCCGUUCGAAGGCGCUCUGGAUGAGGGCGCCAAUCCGGCCAAGGGCGACGAGGACGCCGCCGACACCCUCGCGGAGCUCGGCGAUGGCUUCAAGCGGAUCUCGAUCCCCGACCCGGCGGAUGCGGCGGCCCUGGCGCCGAAGCCCGACACCGAGCCCCCUUCGCCGUGCGCCGCCUCCGUCGCCAGCAACAGCUCUCGCCUCUCCGACAUCCGGCUCUCGCAGCUCGAGGCGCUAGUCGCAGAGGAGGCGGCGGCGAAGGCGGCGGCGCAGGCGCACUUCGAGGCGGAGGAGGCGCUGCAGCAGCUCCACGCGUCCGGGCAGGUCGCCGACGAGAUGUUCUACGGCCUGAUCGGCCAGGCCAGCCGGCCGGCCAUGCACUUUGCGGAGCCGGCGGCGCACGCGAUGCACAUGCACAUCCCUCCCGCGGUGCCGCAGCGGUCCCUCGCGGCGGCGGUCACCGUGCCGAAUCUGCUCCCUCCCGCCCGCUCGCCACACGGCCGGCCGAGCGCCACGGCGGUCGAGAUGGAGCUCGGCGGCCGGCGGGGCAAGGAGGUGGAGCGGAAGGAGUGGCUGGCUUCCGAGGAUCAGAUUAUCCGCGACGGAGUGCAGCGCCUCGGCUGCCGCUGGCGGCGCAUAGCGGAGCGGCUUCCGGGCCGGUCGGACGACGCGGUGCGGAACCGGUGGACCCGGCUAAAGGAGAUGGAGCGCAAGGGCCCCGACGCGUGGGACGCGGCCCCCGACGAGUUCAGCGAGUCGAGGGGGGGCGUUGCGGGGCCGGCCCCCCCCUUGACCUCUUCCGACGGGCAGCGGGAGGAGGAGGGGGCAGCCAAACCCGAGCGCGUGAGCUGGACGACGGAGGAGGACCCAAUUGUCGUCAACUCGGUAAAGGCGCACGGGCACAAGUGGAGCCAGAUCUCCCAGUCGUUGCCGGGCCGGACUGACCACGCCAUCCGCAACCGGUGGCAGCGGCUACUCAAACUCGAGAACCAGGCGCGAAAUGGCCACGCCGCAAAGACGAAGCGCUUCCCCUCCGCCGACCACCCGCUGCAGAGGGGCCACUUCCACCCGCGCUUCCCGCAGCUGCCGUCGCAGCUACCGCCGCAGCUGCCGCCCCCGCAGCUCCAGCUGCCCACGUCGGGAAGGCCGGUGCCGGGCCCGCUCUUCACGGGCGCCGAGGAUGCACGCGACGGCAGCUACGAGCUGCCUUGAGCCCGCGACUCGUGGUGUUCACGCGUCCGACGCCUCGCUCCUCCGCCUCCCCGCUCUCGCUCCUCGCGCGCGCUCUCUCUCCACGGACCAGUGCCAGUGGUCCGUGCGCACUCUGAAGCCCUCCCAGUCGUCCUCCCCCCGUCUCUCUCGUCUGUUUGGCGUGUCUAUUGCCCCUCUCUCCGCGUCUGCGGGCCGGCGCGUCCGCGCGGUCCACGUUCUCUACGUCCCCCUCUUCGCGUCUCCCCGUCGUCUCGACCACUCCAUCCCCGCCGUCCACCUGGGGCACCCCCGGGCGGCCUCAGUCUCGGGCCGCGCGCCGCUCUCUCCUCUCUCGCUUGAGCGCCGCUUUGGUUUUCUCUUUCCCCCCGACGAGAUGCAUUGCGUGCGGUUGUGUGUUCAUACGACGGUUACAGAGUAGUACAUGAGCUGUUGAGCUCACCCGUGCCAGAAGAGUAACACAGCAAGGAAGUGUACUGUACACCCGGCAGACAGACGAGAGACAUAUAACGUUGGGUGUUCUCGGCGCUGCUCUUCUUCUCUCUCUUCCCCUCUCGCUGUGUCACGAAGCGACCACCGAUUUCUCGCCCGCUGUGACCCGGCGAGCGUAGCCCCUGCUCGCGAGCGCCGGCUCUGCGAGCAGGCUCUGGCGCCAAGCCUCGCCACAGCCAACCUUCUCGAGAAAGCUGUCGAUGGCCCCAUACUUUGAGCGGACCCAACCGAGCGUGUCCUCCAUCGCGGCUGGAGGCGAGCCGCGCAAUGCGGACCAAUCGACGCCAGCGCUGUGCUGCUGCUGCCUGCUGCUGCUCUGCAAUACUGACUGCUGCGCGGCCGCGCCGCCGCCGCCGCCGCCGCCGCCGCCGCCGCCGCCUUCGCCGAGCAGGACCUCCGACAGCGCAUACUCUUCGACUAUCUUUUCCGGUGCGUCGCCCACUGCGUGCUGCAAAAGCGCCGCGAGCACGCCGGUCCGGUCCUUGCCGCGCGCGCAGUGGAUAAGCACGUUGCCGGAUCGCCGGUCGGCGGCGAUGGACAGCGCCUGCUGCCACACCGCGGGCGGCGCACUCGCGAUCAUCGACGUGUACAGGAGUUGCUGCUUGCCUUGCGAGAGGGCGUCGUACACGAGUCGGUCGUGCCGGCGCAUGUCCACCGUGCGGUAGAGCGCGGC